UGAAGGCACAAGAGUCGUUCGCGACACAGACCCUGCCUAGUUGAACUUCAACCUAACCCCUCACAUCUUCACAUCUUCACAUCUACACCAAUUCAUAUCUCAGAUUCUGGGAAAGGGAUCAAGAAUCAUCACAUUCUCCUCUCACUUGCUCAAAAACACCUCUUCAUAAUUAAUGGCGCACAAUCUCGCCCCGCCCAAAUUCUCAAUUCCUAAUGCUAAAUCUCCGGUUUCAACAUCCUCUUCCUUGUUUUUCGCCCCCAAGACUCUCAACAAUUCGUCGAAAGGAUCGUGGGGUUCGGGUAAAGGUUCCGUCUUGACGGUUAAAAGGACAAACCAAUUGAGAGUUGUGGCUUCGGUCGCAACAGCGGAGAAGCCGUCGACGGUGCCGGAGAUCGUGCUACAACCCAUCAAAGAAAUCUCCGGCACUGUUAAGUUGCCGGGCUCGAAAUCACUCUCCAACCGAAUUUUGCUUCUUGCUGCUCUGUCUGAGGGAACGACUGUUGUGGACAACUUACUAAGCAGUGAUGAUAUUCAUUAUAUGCUUGGUGCCUUAAGGACUCUUGGGCUAGAUGUGGAAGAAGACAAAGCUAAUCAACGUGCGGUUGUGGGAGGCUCGGGUGGUUUAUUUCCAGCUUCUAAAGAAGCUAAGGAAGAAAUUCAACUUUUCUUGGGAAAUGCAGGAACAGCAAUGCGCCCAUUGACUGCUGCAGUUGUUGCUGCUGGCGGGAAUGCAAGCUAUGUGCUGGAUGGAGUUCCUCGCAUGAGAGAGAGACCUAUUGGUGAUUUAGUCACUGGACUUCAGCAGCUUGGUGCUGAAGUUGAUUGUUUCCUGGGCACUGAUUGUCCCCCUGUUCGUGUUAUUGGAAAAGGAGGUCUUCCUGGUGGGAAGGUGAAACUAUCUGGAUCCAUAAGCAGCCAAUACCUGACUGCUCUGCUCAUGGCCGCACCCCUGGCUUUAGGAGAUGUUGAGAUUGAAAUCAUUGACAAACUCAUUUCUGUGCCUUAUGUGGAGAUGACACUUAAAUUGAUGGAACGCUUUGGCGUCUCAGUAGAGCACAGUGACAGCUGGGACCGGUUCUUGGUCCGAGGAGGUCAAAAGUACAAGUCUCCUGGGAAAGCCUAUGUGGAAGGCGAUGCCUCGAGCGCCAGUUACUUCUUGGCAGGCGCUGCUGUUACUGGUGGAACCAUUACUGUUGAAGGGUGUGGAACAAGCAGUUUGCAGGGUGAUGUUAAAUUUGCCGAGGUUCUUGAAAAAAUGGGUGCUGAAGUUACCUGGACCGAGAACAGUGUGACUGUUAAAGGACCUCCUCGUGAUGCAUUUGGGAGGAAACAUUUGCGACCUGUUGACAUAAACAUGAACAAAAUGCCCGAUGUGGCCAUGACUCUCGCUGUUGUGGCACUUUUCGCAGAUGGACCCACUGCUAUAAGAGAUGUGGCUAGCUGGAGGGUUAAAGAAACCGAAAGGAUGAUUGCCAUAUGCACAGAACUUAGAAAGUUGGGAGCAACGGUUGAGGAAGGGGCAGAUUAUUGUGUGAUCACACCACCCGAGAAAUUGAAUGUGACGGCCAUUGACACGUAUGAUGAUCAUAGGAUGGCGAUGGCCUUCUCUCUCGCUGCAUGUGCUGAGGUUCCAGUGACCAUCAAGGACCCCGGAUGCACCCGUAAGACCUUCCCCAACUAUUUUGACGUGCUUGCUACGUUUUCCAAGCACUGAAAGACGAGGAAGCGAAUGAACAAUGAAUCGCAGAUUACAGUGAGAAUUGUUUUAACAGUGAAAAAACAUAUUUAAUGCUGGAAAUAAUUUUUGUUGUAGACAUAGAUUGAAUUGUUGUGAGCAUUUCUUGAAAAAUAAUUAGUGUUUCGUGUGAUGUAUUCUUGUCAACUUGGCCAGCCAUGCCAUGCAAUGCCAUGUGAAGAGCAAUAAUAUAUCCUAGAUUAUUAUAA